AUGGUCGCCAUACCUACUCUCUCUCUCCUAUUGGUCCUGGCAGAGUGGGCAGGUCUGGUGGACGCAUCCCCCCACCUCCUGCUCCGGCCGAGCCCGCGGGAGCGUGAUGCUGGGGCCAUGAUGAACUUCAACAUCGCUGUGAUCCACGCUGGUGCUACAGUGCAGGCAGAGGCGGCGGUGGCGGGGCCUGGGGGAAGGGUGCUCUACCCCGGCUUUGGACGGGUAUAUGGCUCCCUGGGGGAGAGUGUGGUCACCCAGUGGGGCUCUGCUAACGUCAUCUGGCUUCAGGUGAAUGACAGUAGCCCUAAAACGGUGCUGUCCCAGCUGUGUGAGCUGCUGGCGGCACGGCCCCUGCAGGGUCUGGUUUACGAAGAGGAGAGGCCCCCUCGCACAGCCUGGGGCCCUUUGGCCCCCAUGCUGGAGUUUGUCUCUGCACAAACAGGACUGCCCAUAGUGGCUGUAGGAGGGGGAGCAGGGCUGGGGAGGAUGCCACAGGAAACAGGUUCCAUCUUUCUCCAGUUCAGUUCCUCCACUGCACUCCAAUUAGAGGUCAUCUUUGAGGUGCUGGAGGAGUAUGAUUGGACUGCCUUCUCUGUGGUGUCUACACGUCACCAUGGCUACCAGGAUUUCCUGUCUGUGGUAGAGGGUCUGACGGAUGGCUCGUUCAUCGGCUGGGAGAAGAAAAGCGUGGUGAUCCUGAACGUGACCGACGACCCUGGGGGGGCACGCACACGCAGGCUGCUGAAGGAGAACGAGGCGCAGGUGCGUUUGCUGUACUGCUCUCAGGAGGAGGCUGAGUUGGUUUUCCGAGCCGCCUGGGCUGCUGGUCAAGCUGGAGCAUCGCACAUGUGGUUUGCAGUGGGGCCAGCUCUCUCAGGUUUAGGCAUGGAGAGCCUGCCUCGGGCUUUAUUUGCCGUGCGGCCUCAGGGCUGGAGGGAUGAACCUCGCCGACGGAUCGCUCGGGGUGUGUCCGUGCUGACUCACGGGGCAGUGGCAAUGCGCAAGGAAUACGGAACCACGGGUGGGCCAAACUUUGUUACCAACUGCAUGACGGAUGCCAAUCAGACUCAGAGACUACGGGGCAGGAUGAGGUAUUUUGGCAACAUCACUCUUGGCGGUCGAGACUACUCCUUCAAUAGUGAUGGUUACCUGGCCAAUCCCUUCUUGGAUGUCAUCUCCUGGACACCUGGACGUGGAUGGGAAGAUGUAGGCUGGUGGGAGAAUGGUGUGCUGAGGCUUCGGUACCCAGCCUGGUCACGCUAUGGGCCGUUCCUUAAACCACCUGAUGAUGCCCAACACCUGCGUGUGGUCACGUUGGAGGAGAGGCCAUUUGUCAUUGUGGAGCUUGCAGACCCUGCAUCUGGAACCUGCAUCCGUGACUCCGUUCCCUGCAGACGACCCCUUAAUGCCAGUGCCAUUCAUGAGGGUGUGGCCCCCUUGAAGCAGUGCUGCAAAGGCUUCUGCAUUGACAUCCUCAAGCGACUUGCCAAGAUUGUCGGCUUCACCUAUGACCUGUACUUAGUGACCAAUGGGAAGCAUGGGAAGAAAAUCGAUGGGGUUUGGAACGGCAUGAUUGGAGAGGUGGUGUACAAGCGAGCAGAUAUGGCCAUUGGCUCGCUGACAAUCAAUGAAGAGAGGUCAGAGGUUGUGGAUUUCUCUGUCCCCUUUGUGGAAACGGGGAUCAGUGUCAUGGUCUCCCGUAGCAACGGAACUGUAUCACCAUCAGCUUUCUUAGAACCCUACAGUCCAGCGGUGUGGGUUAUGAUGUUUGUCAUGUGCCUGACUGUGGUAGCUGUGACUGUCUUCAUUUUUGAAUUCUUCAGCCCUGUGGGCUACAACCGCAGCCUGCAGACUGGCAAGAAGGCUGGAGGGUCCACUUUCACCAUUGGAAAGUCUGUCUGGCUUUUGUGGGCCAUUGUCUUUAACAACUCUGUGCCAGUGGAGAACCCAAGAGGAACCACAAGCAAGAUCAUGGUGCUGAUCUGGGCCUUCUUUGCUGUCAUCUUUCUGGCCUCCUACACUGCUAACCUGGCUGCUUUCAUGAUCCAGGAGGAGUACAUUGACACAGUUUCAGGACUCUCGGACAAGAAGUUUCAACAUCCAGAGGAGCAGUACCCACCUCUAAAGUUUGGCACAGUGCCCAACGGGAGCACAGAAAAAAAUAUCCGCUCCAACUACCCAGACAUGCACCAGUACAUGGGCAAAUACAACCAGAGAGGAGUGGAAGAUGCCAUACUGAACCUCAAGACUGGGAAACUGGAUGCUUUUAUUUAUGAUGCUGCAGUGUUGAACUAUAUGGCCAGGAAGGACGAAGGUUGUAAGGUGAUGACCAUAGGCUCGGGGAAGGUUUUUGCCACCACAGGCUACGGUAUCGCCCUGCACAAAAAUUCACGUUGGAAACGUCCUCUUGACCUGGCCCUGCUGCAGCUGGUGGGAGAUGAUGAAAUUGAGAUGCUGGAGCGCCUCUGGCUGUCAGGUAUCUGCCAUAAUGACAAAAUUGAGGUGAUGAGCAGUAAACUGGACAUAGACAACAUGGCUGGGGUCUUCUACAUGCUGCUGGUGGCUAUGGGCCUCAGUCUGCUGGUGUUUGCCUGGGAACACCUAGUCUACUGGAAGCUGCGCCAUUGCAUGGCCACUAGUUCAGGCAAAUUGGACUUUCUCUUGGCAAUCAGUAGGGGCAUGUAUAGCUGCUGUAGCUUUGAAGAUGAAACAGCACCAAGUGGAGCUAAAUCUUUGUCUUCUCACCACCACACUGCAAUGGUUAUAGUUCCAUCGCAGGCACAUGUUGUCUCAACCGCUAUGACCAACCCAGCCAUUGCCAUAGCGCAACAGCAGCAACAGCCACAGCAGCAGCAACCACAGCCUGUCUACAAAACACCUCUACCAGGCUCUCCUCCCACCGUAGUGCAUUCUGGGACAGCACUGGGUUCUUCCAGUACACCAAUUGCUGGUGCACCCCUUCCUUGCUCCACCUUCCUGCCCCGGCCAGACCGCAGACUGGCUGUGGUGGAUCGCUGGAGGCUGCCCAAAUCUGCUACAGCCACCAACCCCAUGGCUGCAAGGGGGGGCAUGACUGACAUGGGGCCCUUUGCUCAGAAAGUCCCACCAAACUGGGCGUCAACUGCUGGAGGGAGUGGGGGACUUGAUGGCUAUAAGAGAUACUAUGGUCCCAUUGACCCUGAGGGACUGGGGCCCUGCAUGGAGCAGCAGGCAGGGUCCCAGACCCCCAAGACUAUGCCCAGGGGCCACCCCCAACCCCCUCCAGCUACUGUGGCUUUCUACUCAGAGAAGGGCAUGGACCAUGGGGUGGGGAAGAGGGUGGUGGGAGGUGGCAGUGGAAGUCAGGGGAAAGGGGCUGUUAAAGCUCUGGGUACUCCCAGACUGCCUCCCAAGAGUCAGGCCCCUCUGCCUCCUACACCCCCACUGCCACAUCCCUCUCCCCCUCUCCCCUCAUCCUUCUGGAGAAAGCGCAGACCCAAGAAGCCCAAAGAGCCUGGUGGGCCACUGUAUGAGAACAUUCUACCCCUAGGGCGGAGGGCAGGAGCACGAGAUGGAGUGAGGGAGGGAGGAGGGAGGAGGGCACGCCCCCUCUCUCCACCGCUCUCACUACCUGUACCAGUGCCCCUCAGCCCCUCCUAUACCCCUCCUUCUCCUUCUGCAUCCUUGCACUAUACAUCUUCGUCCUCUUCAUCGACCACCUCGUCCACAUCCACGUCCUCAUCUGCCUCAUCUUCUCGCUCCACCUCUCCCACCUACUCUUACAGCUCCUCCAGGAGCACACGAGACAGGACUGGAGGAAUAGAUGGAGAGGAUGACGAUGACGAUGAAGAGUUGACAGAGGAGUCGAGCCUUCUCCUCGGGAGGGGGAGAGAGAGGGAACGCUCAAUCAUCCGGCCUCGUUCCCUCAGCCAUGGACGUCUACCACCACCCAUACCCCCUAGGAAACCACGCACAUCAUGGGGUGACAGAGAAAGGGAACGGGAGAGGGAGAGAGGAGGGAGCCAACUGUCUCAGCUCCAAGAAUGGUGGGCAAGCUGGAGUGAAAGAGAGAGGAGUGGAACAGGUGGGGAUGCCGACAGACAAAAAAGGGAUAAGAAGAGAAGAAAAGAAAAAGAGAAAGAGAAGAAGAAAAAGAAAAAGAACAAGAAGAGGAAAAAGAGGGAGGAAAGGGAAAGAGAACGGGAGAGAGAAAGGAAGCGCAGAAAGAUUAAAAAGAAAAAGAAGAAAGCACUGAAGACAAAGAAAAGGAAGAAAUCAACUGGUGGAAAACGGUCUGAGCCUGAGGAGGGAGAUGUGGAACCAGAAAGGGAAGGAGACGCAGAAGGAGACAGGGAAGGAGGAAUACAAGACUACUCUUCCUUUUCUGCCCAGUAUAGGAGCACAUUUGGGGACAAGGGGCGGGAUUCAUGGGAAGGAGAGAGGGAAAGAAGCAGGAGAGAUGGAGGAGAGGAGGCCAAUGAUAGGGAAGAGGACGACAGUGGAAGAAGUAGGGAGAGGCGUCCCAAAUCCUCACACUCACAUUCUAGACAUCGUACUCCCAGUAAACGAUACCCCAACUUGAAUAAGCUUCCCGCAUCAGUUAAAUUUUGGGUGAAUGGAAGAGGAAAUGACUCCAGUGGUCCUCCGACAUCCCUCCACCCACUUCUUCCAUCAUCCAAGCGGCGAAGAAGUGGAGGUUUGGAAAGAGAAGAUAGUGGCAGAAUUGGAGAGCGGCGUCCUUUGUUAAUGCAUUAUGAAAAAGAAAAAGCACAGACUAGAGAAGGGCUGUCCUUUCAUGAGUGGGACUCUGACGAAGAUGAUGAUGACGAUGAUGAUGAGGAGGAGGAAGAAGAGAGGGAUAGAGUGAGGCAGCGAAUACAAGACAGGGGAAGGAGAGCGGGUAGGGGGGGCGGUCUCUGAGUCAGAGAGGGACAGGGCCAGGGUAGAGGACAGUUACUCAGAUGAGGGCUCAUCAGGGGAGUUUGGUCGUUUUGAAAGAUACUGGGAGGAAGGUGCAGGAGGAAGUAGCACUGGAAUAGGAGGCAUAGGUGGGGGAGGCUGGUUCUUUGGUACUUAUCCCUCCAGAGAGAAAGGAGGCAGCAUCAACAGUCGAGAUGAUUCCUUAUUAGGAACUCGUGCAGAGGGUUGGAUCGGUGCUGAUUUCUGGGGGUCAGGACCUGGCAUUGGUUGGGGAUCUGGGGGUGGAAGCGGAGGGUUGGGCUCACAGUGGCCACCACCCCCAACAGCAUUCCCUCCACCUAGACGUUACUGGUCUAUGGACAAGAUUCCUGUGAAGGGAGAGAAAAAGUGGAAGAGUGGUGGAGGGAAAAACAAAGCAAGAAGUAGGGAAAGAGGGGAAGAAGCAGGACGGUCAACUAUGUGUUCCUGUAGCCUUUACCCCCAACCGCAUCCUUAUCCACAUCCCCACAACCGCUCGCACACCUCCCACUCCAAAAGAGGAGCCUCAGCACUUUCCCAUAGCCAAGAGGAGCUUCUCCCCCACUGCCACAGCUUCAGCGGGGGCUCUCGUCCCAAGCCCCUGCCUCCAAAACCUGAUUCCAGCCAGGCCAAAUCAGGCAGCCAAUCUAACCUCAGCCUCAGCACACAGCCUACAGACCAUCCACCACAGCCCUCACCAUCACCACCACAGCAGCCGUCCAUGUCUCCUACCUCCCUCCCAAUGGCCAUCCCACCUCCGCCUUCGUCAUCCUCUGUCUCACCACCAGCAGGGGUAGGGAUGGCAGCCCAGGCCCAGGCUCAGGCUUCAGCCAGUGCCAAACUCCAGUAUCAGAGACUGCGCUCUGUGCCACAGCCACGGAGGUUUUACUCUCCCCACCUGCCACUCAAAGCCAAGAGCCUGUGCUCACGUCGAGGGUCGGCCCACUUUUCCAGCCUGGAGAGUGAGGUAUGACAGGGGGAGAGGAGAGAGGGAGACAUGGAAGCAAGCGCCACUGCUAUUGAAAACCAUGGUGCCACGGCAGCAGGAGCCAGGGAUAACAGCAGAGAAAUGGCUGCCUUGGUGACCUUAGGUAAUCAAUUAGCAAACAUCACUACAGGAACUAAUAUGGACAGUAGUUCUAUUGCUAAUGCCAUUCUUGGCGAGAGCAACACUAUUGCCACCCACUCCAUUGUACGCGUUCUUGUAAGGGCCACAGUGAGACGCCACACCAGGGUGAGUUACAUCCGUCUGGAUGGUUCCCACGACGACGAGAGUGACGGCGAGGCUGCUUCACCGGAGACAGCAGCCCCAGAACUUCUUCUCUGCUCAGAAAUGAGUUUUGUGAUGUCAUCUUCGGUUCUCCUCCCCUCCCCAAGUCACAACUGUGGAUAACAGUAGUCUCCAACCUGUGAGUAAUGAUGUCAUGACUGCACACACAUGCAUGCACACAGAAACACAGAGAAUAUGCUUGAAACGUCUCCCUCCCUCUGGCUUUGAGAACACACCUUGGUGGGAUGAGGAGAGACCCACUUACUCCCAAAAGAUGCCAGUACUUGGUCUCUAGCUUCUGGCUCCUCAUUGGCUGUUGGCUUCUGAAAAGGACUGAUGGACUGCUUCUUGGUGAUAGAGAGACUACUCCCUCUUCUUCCCUUUUAUAAAUCAGUUGAAAUGAAAAGCAAUGCAGUCACCUCUCUCAUGCACUCUCUGUCUGAUCACCUUUCAUUGGACAGUGAGGACAAAGCUACUUAUUUGCCCUUUGACCUCAUGACACCAUCAGACCCAUCUAGCUCUACCCCAGGACCAUCUAUGUGAUGUCACGUUUUACUACAAAUCCUUUUAACCAGUCAGACUGAACAGGAACCUUUUUUUCCUCUAACCUGUUGGAGCUUGUCAUGUCACCUCUGGUCCAACUGGAAAAUUGAACUAAGUAUAAAAAAAAUCAGAACAACAAACUCAACAUUAAAAGAGAAAUGACAAUAAGAACAAAAAAAAGACAUGUAGCAGAAUUUCUUUUUAUGUCUGUCUUUACGUUUCUUAUCAAGACCUCUCUCCCAAUCCCCUCUUUUUAUUCUAUCAAUAUAUUUCUCAGACUGUGUUAGUGUUUUAAUAAAGAGGAGGCUGGAUGUGGCUAGUGUUGGAAGUGGGAAUGAUUUUAUACCAGAGCCAAAUUUUCACUCAAGAGCUUUUAAGCUGGAUUGGUUUUCAAGUAAUUUGCUUUCUUAGAUAAAAUCCUGUCUUUGGUUUCCACACAUGAACAACAGCUAAUUCACCCUCAUGUAAGUGGAUCAGGAGGAUGAUUGGUGCAAUAUCUGUAAUUGGCACUAGAUGGCUGCAUAAUAUUCAAAUAAGCUUUUGAUACAGUUGUGGAAAAGUCUUGUGGGCUGUUUGAUCGUUGUAGCUGCAUGAUACAGAGCAUGAGGUGUGUAGCAAUGAAUUUAAUUAUUUUUAUGAAAGUGUUAAGUCAGGAUUUAUUCAGAGGAAAUAUGAGGAAUUCAAACUAACUGCAGUUCAUAGCUAAAACUCUCUUAGGAUAAGAUUCAGUGUUGCCACAUAUUAUACCAUAGCUGGGUUUGUGGAUGAUGGAUUACGUGAAGCACAAUUCCUCACUGUAUUUUUAAAAGAAAUUUGUGCCACAGUGGUAAACGCACAAUCUCUAGAUAACAUAUUCUGCUGAUAUAGCUAUUCACAUGAUGUUAACUAAUGUUGCUUUUGUUGAAUAUAGAUUUCAUUGUAACCAAGGGUCAAACAGUAAAAUACCAAGACACUUGCACGAGGAAGUGAUUUGGUAUUCCUUUUUACUUUUGGCAAAUAAGACUGAAUGACAUACUGUGAACGUUUUGAGGUGCAUACACAGUAGCUGACACUUCACUGAAUGCAGUGAUAACUCCUGUUGUCAAGAUUAUCAGAUGACUGUUUGACUUUGAGCAAUAUUUCCACCUUCAAUGUGACAGGGAUGCAGUGGCACAUCAUUGUAGGUGUUUUUCUGAUCUGUUGCUUCAAUCAGGGUUGGAUGUUCCACAUUUUCUGUUAUGCUUUUGCCAAUAGAAUACAUGUCAACUAAUUUGGUCAGAUUGUGAUUGUAAAAGAUUAAUCAAAUCUGCAGCACAUGACUUUUGGUGACAAAUACUCUAUGAAUACAAAAUGCUACAUGUUCCAGAGUGUGUAGUGAUGUGUAGCAUGGUGACUUCUGUGAGCGGCACCAAAAGCCAUUUACUGUGCAAAUGUGCCAAUAAUGCAGUACAUAUACUCUAUUUUCAUAAUGUUGGCAUAUCUACUCAUCUCUCACACUAAGACCAGCCACAGCCCAGCUCUUCUAUUGUAGUUGAAUGUAGCGUUGAAAUGAUGUAGCAAAAGAACAUCUAUUUUACUUUGUAGCUUUUUGGAUGCUGUUGAUAAUGGCUAGAAAUGUGGGGGGAGGGGGGCUUGACCUGGUAUGUGAAGGGCUGCGCGUUGUGUUUGUGCAUGUCGUCACAGAUCAAAGGGUUAGUUGACCUUCUCAUGUCCCCUUUUUCAUUGCUUUGCCCUUCUUGAGCCCAGACUGUACUUUUUAUCUGCACAUGGAUUGCUUUUUUUUCCUAAGUCUGCAUCAGGAAAUUUUGAAAACAAUCUGAUUUUAGAGAAAUGCUUCUCCCCAUCCUCCAGAAAGCCCCAGACUCAUUGCAUGUUUAACGGAAUGAAAUUGCCUAGAUUUGUGGGGGGAGGGUUGCAUAGGUCAAUUGUAGGAUAUGCUUGGGAACCGGGACAGCCGCCUAUCAGUGAGAUAAUAAGCUCACUCUACUCUACACCCCAGUAGCUGAAACCACGGCAACAGUCCGACUGCUUCCUGUGUUGCUGAACACAGUUAUUUUCAACCAAUUAACAGGGCUUAAACCUGCUGUGUCAUUGAGCAUUAGUGAUUUCUAUUGAGGCGCUAAUACUUAAGUCUGUGACUGCAUGAACAGAAGUGACUCUUUAAAACCCUCUGGCUUAUUUUGUUUAAUUUAUUUAUUUUAAGCUGAGAAAAAAGAAUAUAUUGAAAUAUACUAUGUUUUUGAGAAUGUACCAUGUUAUACUGUGAUUUAACUGAGAUAUUUUAUUGUAUUCAAUCAUCAUUUGAAUUCUAUCAUUUAUCUAUAAAGAAAUAUAUAUGUACAAAUAAAUAUAUACAUAUAUAUACAUACAGGUAUAUAUAUAUAUUAGUUAAGUUUGGUAUAUUUGGAGGAAGUGUUAGAUGAAAUAGUUUUAAAUGUUUUAGCUUUGUAGAAAUUCUAGACUCUGAAAUCAUUUUUGAAUUUUGAUUCCUCCUAUAUGACUGUGAAGACAUUAGUGCCUGUGACAAAAAAGACAAGUAAAAGUCAAAACUCUGUUCAUCUGUAUCUACUAUAGCUAUCAGUCUGUCACUCCUCUAGUACUACCUAACAUUGCAUUUUGACAUAUGCUGCUUUUCCAUAUCAAUAUGUUUCUCUUACACACUCUGCUGUCUGUUUUGCUUUCUGCAGCCCAAUGUGGUUCUUUUUCCUGGUUUUCAUUAAUAGCCUACAAACCGUGGACACCUCUUCUCUUUUAAAUUUCUAUCACACGGUGGCCACAUCUUUUUUUUAAUUAACCCAUCCAUUGACCUUUGCUUUUUUUCCCCUUUGAUCACUUUCUUUUCAUAUCAGCUCAUCCCUCUGUCUGUCUCUCACUUAGCAAAAAAACAGAGACCAGUAGAUACUGUGUUCUUGCUCCUUUUGACUGAUUGUUGAUGAUGAUGAUCAAUUAAUUGACUGAUGAAAUAAUUCAUGAACGAUGUUACAAUUACUGAUGUGACUGAAGUGUGUAUCUGACGACCACACCACUGUAGCAAGUCUGGGCUGUACCACACCACCAGCAAGCAAGUGGGGCCACAGUUGCUAUGGUGUUGCCAUGGCAUUUUAAUGGUGUUGCCAUGGUGUCCUCUGCACCGCCACCACCUGGUGCCUGUUGGGUAAUAUAGCUUAAUGUCCUUCACUUUCCUUAAAAUACUGGUCAAUAUCUGCUUAUCAGUGCUGACCUCAAUGAAUGGGAAGUGAAAUAUUUAAAAAGAUGGCUUUGGACAAGUGCUGUAACGCAGCACAUGUCUACUGUCAGAGCUGAUCUAGACUGGACUGGCUUGCAUUGAAAUUACUUAGGAUGUUGAUGUUGUGCUGAUUAACCCUUAAAGUUCAGUUUGUGUUGCCUUGCAUGCGAUCCCUAACGCUUUAUAUCACUAAUGACCUGAAACCAGUUGGGACAGAUGUGCGUUUGCUUCCAUAUUUCUCAUACUGAUUAUAAAAUGUGUUUCAUGUUGAAAAAGAACAUGAUGUAUUGCACGAGCUCAAAUUAUGACCCCACUCCAGCUUGACUCCAGCUUGCUUGUUUUUCAUCUUCCACAAUUUCUAAAAAAUGCAUAUACACAAAUUUGCUGUGCAUUCAUAUUUAAGAGUCAAUACAUACAUCACCAAGGCUGAUCCUCGUCUUCUGUCAGCCCUCACUCAAUAGCAUUUCAUUUAAUCAUUUUAAGUAGUCUGAUCAUUCCACACAUGCGUUAAAAACACUCAAACACUCAUUCAAUAAAUACACUAAUUUCUUGAAGAUGUCAAAAAUUUUGUCCACCCGAGGGAGCUAAGUACUUUCACAAUGAUUUGAUACUUGUUUAGACUACUUACAUAUUCCCUUUACUUUCUACUGUCUUACCUUUUCUCAUACAGCAGCUCCUGUAUGAAGCAGUCUAGUUUCAGUUUGCUUUACUUUGCAGACUUGCCCUUUUUUUAAUUUAUCGGUUUGUCACAAUCUGCUUUAAAUUAUCAGAUUUUCUCCUGGCGUGCAUUGAAUAGUCCAGUCCAGUCUAGUACAGUGUGCUCCAGGCAACUCUAGGGCCUGAGUUUGUAAGUAAUCCUAAUGCAGCCUCAAGCUCAUCCCCUUUCUCUAUUGGCCCAUGACCUGGGAACCAAUACGUGUGGUGCUCCAGAAUUCAAACAGGGUCCUCAUUGGCUCAUUUGGCCAUGAAUUAUAUCAAGGAAAUACAGGAGUGUUACACGUAGCACUCAUCAGGUCUAGGGUCUGCAUGUUGCACCAUGAAAAGCUUAUCCUGCUGCAGUAACAGAAACCAUAUACCCACAGAAACCAGUGUGUGUAUUCUCAGCAUUGUACAAGGCCCAGUUCUGCUCUAGUAACCUUGCCAACAUACAGGCCUAUUUACAGGUUGCUAAGGCGGGUUGCUAGUAGGGUGAUGUUGCUCCUAGCCCAGACUGGUCUGGUCUAUGCCCUAAUUUAAAUGUGUUAGUUUAUUUGACAUUGUCUUUCUGGGGUGGGGCUGGAGGGUCAGUGCUGCACUUACUUCCUGAGAAUUGCUUCAUAAAAUAUGAUUCUCUUUAAUUAA